CCUGGGUGCCCCAGACUUGUGAGCGGCGACCGCGGCGCGGCGGCAGCAACAGGAAGCGCAGCUGCUCUGCUGUAGUCCACGCCCCCUUCCCGCUCCGGUGACAGUGUCUGCGGAAAGUCGUGUCUGUGAUUUCUGGAGAGCAUCGACCAGGACAACAGCGGUCCUGCCGGGUCGUCCAGACCAGGUGACAAACGGUUUCCUGGUGAACCACCCCACCCCCACCCCCAGCCCAGGCAGCCCGCAGUCCCAGGGCCCGAAGAUGCUGAGAUCUAUGUGGAAUUUUCUGAAACAUCACAAAAAGAAAUGUAUCUUCCUGGGCACGGUCCUCGGAGGAGUAUAUAUCUUGGGGAAAUAUGGACAGAAGAAAAUCAGAGAAAUGCAAGAAAAGGAAGCUGCAGAAUACAUUGCCCAAGCACGACGACAGUAUCAUUUUGAAAGUAACCAGAGGACUUGCAAUAUGACAGUGCUGUCCAUGCUUCCAACACUGAGAGAAGCCUUAAUGCAGCAACUCAAUUCUGAGAGCCUCACAGCUCUGCUAAAAAACAGGCCUUCAAACAAGCUAGAAAUAUGGGAGGAUCUGAAGAUUAUAAGUUUCACGAGAAGUACUGUAGCUGUAUAUAGUACUUGUAUGCUGGUCGUUCUUUUACGAGUCCAGUUGAACAUUAUUGGUGGAUAUAUUUACCUGGAUAAUGCAGCAGUUGGCAAAAAUGGCACCACAGUUCUCGCUCCCCCCGAUGUCCAGCAGCAAUAUUUAUCAAGUAUUCAGCACCUCCUCGGAGAUGGUCUGACAGAAUUGAUCACUGUCAUUAAGCAAGCUGUGCAGAAGAUUUUAGGAAGUGUUUCUCUUAAACAUUCUUUGUCCCUUUUGGACUUGGAGCAAAAACUAAAAGAAAUCAGAAAUCUCGUUGAGCAGCAUAAAUCUUCUUCUUGGAUUAAUAAAGAUGGAUCCAAAUCUUUAUUAUGCCAUUAUAUGAUGCCAGAUGAAGAAACUCCAUUAGCAGUUCAGGCCUAUGGGCUUUCUCCUAAAGAUGUCACCACUAUUAAACUACUCAAUGAAACUAGAGACAUGUUGGAGAGUCCAGAUUUUAGUACAGUUUUGAAUACCUGUUUAAACCGCGGUUUUAGUAGACUGCUAGACAAUAUGGCUGAGUUUUUUCGACCUACUGAACAGGACCUACAACAUGGUAACUCCAUGAAUAGUCUUUCCAGUGUCAGCCUGCCUUUAGCUAAGAUAAUUCCAAUAAUAAAUGGACAGAUCCAUUCAGUUUGCAGUGAAACACCUAGUCAUUUUGUUCAGGAUCUAUUGAUGAUGGAGCAAGUGAAAGACUUUGCAGCUAAUGUCUACGAAGCUUUUAGUACUCCUCAACAACUGGAGAAAUGAUAUUUUUGCUUUCAAAAAAAACUAAACUGUAAUUUAUUUACUUUUAGAAAUAUACUGAAUAAGUCAACAAUAUACAUAGGGUAAUGACUUGUUACCAACAUGCCUAAUAAAAAUAUAUUCUUAAGCUUUUCAUUUUGUAAU